AUGGAAGAGAGUCGGAAUGACAAGGAAGUGCAAAUAAAUGAUCACCUCCCUGAUGAACAAUUAUUUGGGGUAAGUGAUAGUUCUAUAGUUCCUUGGUACGCUGACUAUGUUAAUUUCUUGGUAGCAAAGGUUGUGUCUCCUGAGAUGACAAGGCAACAAUUGAAGAAAUUCUAUUAUGAGGUGAAGCACUACUAUUGGGAGGAACCUAUUCUUUAUAGGCAUUGUGUUGAUCAAGUCAUUCAUCGUUUUGUUCUUGAGGACGAAAUGCACUCAAUUCUCACCCAUUAUGCUAAUUCGUUUGUGAAAACUUAUGAUCGUUGCCAACGAACUGGGAAUAUAUCAAGGAGGAAUAAUAUGCCACUUAAUGUAAUUCUUGAGGUUAAUCUUUUUGAUGUUUGGGGCAUUGAUUUCAUGGGCCCUUUCCCAUCAUCUUUCAACAAUAAGUUUAUUUUAUUAGCAGCGGACUACGUGUCAAAGUGGGUCGAGGCAAUUGCAACAAAAGAAAAUUAUGGCAAAACGUCGAAUGGUCAAGUUGAAAUUUCAAAUAGGGAGGUGAAAAUUAUUCUUGAAAAGACAGUGGAUAGCUCUAGGAAGAAUUGGUCCAACAAACUAGAUGACGCACUUUGGGCCUAUCGAACGGCAUUCAAAACUCUGAUUGGGAUGUCACCCUAUAGGUUAGUCUUUGGGAGGGCAUGUCAUUUUCCUGUUAAGCUGGAGCACAAAGCUUAUUGGGUUAUGAAAAAGCCGAAUCUUAAUGAGAAGGCUACUGGACAUAAGAGACUACUUCAACUAAAUGAGCUUGAUGAAUUCCGUAAGGAAGACUAUGACAAUUCUAAGAUAUACAAGGAGCGGACCAAGGCGUGGCACGAUAAGAACUUGAUCAAAAAUGAGUUUCAACCUGAGCAAUAG